UCCCCUUACCCCGGGAUCUAUAUUCCCACAUCCCUCCCUUCACCCAUUCUCUCUCUCUCUAGGAUUUUCUCUCACUAAAAAUGCCACAAAUAUUGCCGGAUUUCUCAAACUCAGUGAAGCUCAAGUAUGUGAAACUUGGGUACCAGUACCUAGCCAAACAUAUGCUAACCUUCUUGCUCAUACCCAUCAUGGCAGGCAUAACCAUGGAGGUCCUCCGAUUAGGCCCCGACGAAAUUAUCAAGAUUUGGCAAUCACUUCACUUCGACUUAGUCCAAGUCCUCUGCUCUUCCUUCCUCAUCAUCUUCAUAGCUACUGUCUACUUCAUGUCCAAGCCUCGCUCCAUAUACCUAGUCGACUACGCCUGUUACAAGCCUCCCGUCACCUUCCGAGUCCCCUACUCAACCUUCAUGGAACACUCCAGACUCAAUCUCAAGAACAACCCCAAGAGCGUUGAUUUCCAAAUGCGCAUUCUCGAGAGGUCAGGACUCGGAGAAGAGACUUGUUUGCCUCCUGCAAUUCACUACAUCCCUCCAACUCCAACCAUGGAAGCUUCUAGAUACGAAGCCGAGCUCGUCAUCUUCUCCGCCAUCGAUUCGUUGAUGGAGAAGACCGGGAUUAAGGCCAAAGACAUCGACAUACUCAUUGUGAAUUGUAGUCUCUUCUCCCCAACGCCGUCGUUGUCGGCUAUGGUGGUGAACAAGUACAAGCUGAGAAGCAAUAUAAAGAGCUUUAAUCUCUCCGGUAUGGGUUGUAGUGCUGGUGUGAUAUCAAUAGACUUGGCUAGAGACCUUCUUCAAGUUCAUCCCAAUUCAAAUGCACUUGUUGUUAGUACUGAGAUCAUCACACCCAACUACUAUCAAGGCAAAGAGAGAGCUAUGCUUCUUCCCAAUUGCUUGUUUCGUAUGGGUGGUGCUGCCAUUCUUCUCUCCAACAAGAGACGUGACCGGAGUCGAGCCAAGUACAGGUUAGUACACAUCGUCCGGACCCACAAGGGCGCAGACGACAAGGCCUACCGCUGUGUUUUCGAAGAGGAAGACCGUGAAGGUAAAGUAGGCAUUUCACUGUCUAAAGAUUUGAUGGUUAUAGCCGGUGAGGCGUUGAAAUCGAAUAUAACAACAAUAGGGCCAUUAGUCCUUCCUGCUUCGGAGCAACUCCUCUUCCUCUUCACACUCAUCGGUCGGAAAAUCUUUAACCCUAAGUGGAAGCCAUACAUCCCAGACUUCAAACAAGCGUUUGAACACUUCUGCAUCCAUGCCGGUGGCCGGGCUGUGAUCGACGAGCUCCAGAAGAACCUCCAGCUGUCGGCGGAGCACGUGGAGGCGUCGAGGAUGACGUUGCACAGGUUUGGCAACACAUCAUCAUCUUCAUUGUGGUAUGAGAUGAGCUAUCUUGAAGCAAAAGGUAGGAUGAAGAAAGGUGAUCGGAUUUGGCAGAUAGCAUUUGGAAGUGGUUUCAAGUGUAACAGUGCAGUUUGGAAGUGUAAUCGGACCGUUAAGACCCCAACUGAUGGCCCUUGGAAUGAUUGCAUUCAGAAGUAUCCAGUACACAUCCCGGAGAUUGUGAAGCUCUAAUCCUAUGGGUGGGGUUACUCGAUAUUCAUUACUACUGUUGUUUAAUUUGCCACUUUUCGUGAUUUCAAAACUUGUUAAUUUCAUUUCUUUUUCUUUUUCUUUUUCUUUUUCUUUUUUUUUGUUUCUUUUCCUAGCUAGAAUUGUCUGCAAACCAAAAAAUACGUACAGGAAAAAAAAUAAGUGUCUGGAAAGAUUCUGGAUUGCAUUUAGUUUUAGAUGCCACGAGAUUUACUGCUGUAAUGUCAUAAAGUUGUAAUUUCUGAGAUACUCAUCAAGCAAUAUUGUGUAUUAUUUUAAUGUCUUAUAAA